AUGCACAAGUCCGCCAAAUUUGCCGUUGCAGGGCUUAAAGACUUUCGAACCUGUCAGAAUGACGUCGAAUCCCAGCGACAGGAGGACCGUAUUAAGCAAUUGGUUCGUUUCAAAGCACCAACCACCGCGGCGGUGGCGGACAAUCUUCUUAUAAAGACGUGUCGGCGAAACACCGAGCCCUUUAUUCCAAGAGUAAUGAGCCUGAAGAUUCUCAUAAGGCACGCUGACAAGAUGGUGCUUCUUGAGAAGGGUAAGAUUGAAAAUUUUCACCCUCAUUCGACCGCGGCCGCGAUGCCCUCACAGGCAUUUGCCGCGGCGGCAGCAUCGCGCAGGCCUCAUAGGGGUCCUGCACAGGCCCAGCCAUCUGACCUGGCUGGGUCGCAACACGUGCCAGACUCGCAGCAGCCGAAGCGGCCGUACCACGGCGCCGCCGAACCCGCAAAGGAUGCGGCUGCAAGACACCCCCCGAGCGACGGCGCCGCCUGGCUCGAUAUGACCCAGCUGAUACAAAAGCUGCAACGGGACGUCGAUGUACAGAAGGAGGUGUACCAGAACGUCGAAGCCCACUUCGCCCGCAUCCUGCGGGACCACGAGGGCGACAAGUAUGAAGACCAUCGCAAGUUGGCGAUGUCGAUCGAGGACGUAGUGUUGGGGCACCUCCGCCUACAAAUGUUAGGGGAGAAAGAACGCCCCCGCUCUCCGUCACGGUCCCCACCGAAAACCGACCAGGGCUCGCCUGCGGACAACCGCGCCGGAAAAGCGACGGUGCCCGGGGCGGCGAACCGCAGUUGGGCUACCGUAGCUGCCUCCGCGGCAAUCUCCGCACGAUCGGCGAUUACAACCCCGUCGAAGGGGGGCUCCACCCCACCCCCUCCGGUCAGGAAGCAGCCCGACCGCCAGGUUCUAAUCCGGGUCCAUCAGCCGGGCCUGGACCCACGCGAACCUUUCGCCCUCAGGCGUAAAACGAGCGAAGCAGUGGGCGUUACCCUGGCUGAGAUACCAGCAAUUAUGCGCACACCCACCGGGUGGGCAAUUAGGGCAGCCAACGCAACGAUUAAAGACAAGCUUUUGGAAGCAGGAGCACAGGAGUAA